UCAUGGACUUGGUGAUAAGCUUCCAGGUCACAGCCAAAGACUCGGAAGAACCAUUCAAAAAGAUUACGAGCAUGGCAAUGACCUAAAAGAGUUCUAUUGCAUAGGUGGUGGAACAACCUCCUUCCAAGCUCCUUGUGCGUGCAUCAGAGAGAGAGACAGAGAGAGAGAGAGAGAGAGAGGAGGUAUGGCAGAGGAGGUGGUGGGCGCCGUUGUGGAGAAGCUGUCAACCGCCGCCAUCAAUGAGCUGGGAGCGCUGCUAGGAGUUCGGGAUGACAUGCAGUACAUCAAAUAUCAGCUGAAUAUUAUGAAGGCUUACCUAAGGCGUGCUGAGGAGAGGCAGGACGCUAACUCGGUUGCAAGGACCUGGGCGAAACAAGUGCAGGAAUUGGCCUACGAUGCAGAAGAUUGCAUCGAUGAGUUCAUGUUUCAUCUCAGCCAGCCGACUGCGCCCGGCCUUGCAGGUGCCCUGCAACGUUGUAUGCGCUUCCUGCGCACUUUGAAGGCACGCCAUCGGAUAGCUAAUCAGAUCCAGGAUAUCAAAUCUGGAGUUGAGCGUGCCACCCAGAUGAGGUUGACCUAUAAUAUCAGCGAGACCACCCAAGGAGUCGCCACCAUCCCUGCUCCACUGGAUCCUCGAUUGCCCGCUCUCUUUGUCAAGGAAGCGGAGCUGGUCGGUAUAGACAAGCCCAAAGAAACGCUAAUUCAGUGGUUGACCACAGAGAAUGAGCCUCAGCUCAGUGUGACUGCGGUGGUCGGCAUGGGUGGGCUGGGCAAGACCACUCUCGUUAGGAAGGUCUACGAGAGUCUGAAGCUCGGCCAACUUUUCCAAUUUUGUGCUUGGAUCACCGUAUCCAAAUUCCAUAUCAAGGAUCUUCUGAGAGACAUGAUUCAUGAGCUCCAAAAUAUUCCUGGACAGGAAACGGACCCGCUCACGCCUGUGCAACUGAUUGAAAAGCUCAAAGACCACCUUGAGGACAAGAGGUAUCUGAUCGUUUUUGAUGAUAUAUGGGACACGAAUGUAUGGGAAAACAUCACGCCUGCAUUAGCUGAUAGCGAAAAUGGUAGUAGGGUCGUGGUAACUACUCGGAAAGAAACAGUAGCAAACACCUGUCGCUCUACCUUCCACGGUGGUCAUGUCUACAAUCACCAACCUCUCUCACAUGAACAGUCCUGGGAUUUGUUCAGCAACAGAGUGUUCAAGAACUCCAAGGAAGGUUGCCCUCUAGACCUCGAGGAAUUGUCUGAUGCUAUUCUCAAGAAAUGUGGGGGGCUACCACUAGCCAUCGUUACUAUAGCUGGUCUGCUAGCAAGCAAGCCCAACAAGACGAGGGAGGAAUGGCGGAGAGUGCAUGAUGGCCUUCGAUUCGAGCUGGAAACCAAUCCUGACCUCGAGAGAGUGAAGCAAAUACUGAACCUCAGCUACAACGACUUGCCUUACGACCUCAGGUCUUGCUUCUUGUAUCUCAGUAAAUAUCCAGAGGACUACGAGAUCAAGCGCAGGCAUGUGGUGGAACUAUGGGUGGCUGAAGGGUUUGCAAGAGGCAUUCAUGACAUUAGUGCAGAGGAGGUUGCGGAGCGAUAUUUUGAUGAGUUCAUCAAUAGGAGUAUGAUUCAACCAUCCAAGGUCAGCUGGGAUGGGAAGGUGAAGAGUUGUCAAGUCCAUGAUGUGAUGCUCGAAGUCAUAGUUUCGAAGUCAAGGGAGCAAAAUUUAGUUUCUCUUCUCGGCGAGCGCGGCACAGCAUCAUUGACGUCGGAACAAAAGAUUAGGCGUCUAUCUGCCCAUACAUGGAGCCAUCUCGAAGGCACAGAUUUAUCUCAUGUCCGAUCAAUAACCGUGUUUGCAUAUUUCGGAUUUCCAUUAGUUCCUGAUCGAUUGAGGCUUUUGAGGAUUUUGGAUCUGGACAAAAUAUGGUUGCACGGUGGACAUCUCGAGUGGAUAGGGACAUUAGUUAGCUUGAGGUAUGUGAGUAUUUAUUUGCUGCAACGUCAUGCGCUCCCCGAGUCUUGGGGAAAUCUUCACGAGCUAGAAACACUCAACGUCAGACCUCGAGUGCAACUCACGAGUAUCACCGGGCUCCAAAGACUACGUCAACUUCGGGGAUCGCCUCUCCAUUUGCCCAACGGAGGAAUCGCGAAUCUGAAAGCCCUGCAAGCACUGGGAGACGUGGUCUGUUCAGCAGGCCGAGGCCAGAUGAUAGAGGAGCUAGGGGAGCUGACUCAACUCAGACACUUAAGCCUGAUGGUAGUCGCACCCGUGAAAGCAUCACACAUCUCCUCGGCGGAGAUGCAGCGUUUGUCUGCAUCUCUUGCAAAGUUGAACAGCUGCCUCCGCUCUUUGAAAAUAAAAGUGACGGACCUACUAGACCAGUUUCCUUGCCUGGAGUCUGUAUCCCCUCCUCCACUGCAACUUCAAAAGCUGGCACUAUCGGGGCCUCUGAAAAAGUUGCCUAGUUGGGUUGCUUCCCUGAAAGAUGUGACUGAGAUUAGACUACAUGGCACUGAAUUGGAGGAUGGCGACAUAAAAGACCUUCAAAAUCUACCCAAUUUGGUUAAUCUCGAACUGAGAUAUAAUUCCCAUGCUGGACGGGACUUGUGUUUUGCCGGGGAAGGAUUCCCAAGUCUCAGAAUCCUUGUUCUUGGAGGACCUAAAUCCAUGAAAUCAUUGACAUUCGAACAAGGAGCAAUGCCUAAUCUCCGGAGACUUGCUAUGAGAUUUAAUGGAGGGUUGUGGAGCGGUUUGUCUCACAACGUACUAGUUUAUGGACUCGAACAUGUUCCUGGGCUCAAGGAAAUUGCCUGUCGUGACCCUCGAGAUUCUGAAGAUAGACUGCUACCCUUGGAAACCCAUCACAGGCAUCCUCCAUAUUUCGUCCUCCCUUUAUAGCGACAAGGCAAGCGUGGAUCAUCCUCACAGCUCUCUAUUCCCAUGAUGCAGAUGACUUGUCGGUCCUCCCUUCCCCAAAGCCAUCAUCCAGCGGUAAGUUAUCUCGGGUUGUUUUAUUCCUCUCUUUAUCUCUUGUGCUCCUUGUCGUUUCUAUGUUUUCAGUUGUAGCCGGGCUUCUAUCGAUGAUGAAUUAGUUUUCUUUCUAGGUUUGAUUCGUUUGAAGAUGUUUGUACUUAUUUCUUUUGAUUUCAUAUCAAUCCCGCUGAUAAUUAGUUUUUCUCAAAUAUACAAAUUGCUGACACCUUCUAGGUGUCCUUUUCUAGGUGAAAUAAUUUUUCUUUUCUUGGCGGUAAACCAAGCCAUCCUAAACAUCCUAAUUUAGCCCCCAUGUAACCGGUUCCCGCCCAACUCAAUAUAAUUGAUGCAGUGCACGAUACA